AUGACUAGCAUUCUCUUACUUCCGCUACUACUAUACAUCUGCUUCCUGGCCCCAGCCAGGGCCCAGAGCAAGACACAACAUGUUUCAACUGAGCUAUUCAACUCCCUCGAGGAGUUAUCCCGAAUAGUAGACAUCUCAUAUUGCGUCGGAACAACGGGUGUCCAACAACCAUUCCAGUGCCUCAGCCGCUGUGAUGAAUUCCCAGAUCUAGAACUAGUAACCACCUGGAACACCGGCGUCCUCCUCUCCGACUCAUGCGGCUACAUAGCGCUCUCCCACACCCCGGCCUCGAAAAAAAUAAUCCUCGCCUUCCGCGGCACCUACUCAAUAACAAAUACAAUAAUCGACCUCUCCGCCUACCCCCAAGCCUACAUCCCAUACCCCGACCCAGAUGAAAACCCCACCACCACACCCCUCCGCCCCGCGGGUCCCCGCUGCGAAAACUGCACCGUGCACGCAGGCUUCAUGCGCUCAUGGCUCCACACCAGAGCAGAAAUACUCCCACAGAUCUCCGCCCUGCGCGAAAAACACCCAGAUUACGCCAUAACGCUAGUCGGCCACUCGCUCGGCGGGGCAGUGGCAGCACUAGCAGGACUGGAAAUGCGUCUGAAGGGCUGGGAUGCAACUGUGACGACGUUCGGGGAGCCGAUGAUUGGGAAUGAGGAGUUUGCGAGAUUCCUAGAUGAACAAUUCGGGCUCGGGAAUGGUAUUGCCAUUCCCCCGCUUGACCCCCCUCUUCACACCCCACCUGGGGGCGGUCUUGGGCGGGGUCAGCGCUUCCGCCGUGUGACGCAUAUCGGGGAUCCGGUUCCUAUGCUGCCGCUUGCGGAGUGGGGGUAUAGGCCUCAUGCCGGGGAGAUUUUUAUUUCGAGGGAGGGGCUGCCGCCGCAAUUGGAGGAUGCGGUCCAUUGUGUUGGCGCGGAGGAUCCUAAGUGCAUUGCCGGUGGGGGAAGUGAGGGGCUUUUGGUUGAGUUGUAUCGGUAUUUGAAUGUUCCUGUUGGGUUGGCUAGUACUGGUUCUAGUGGGGACGGGUGUCAGUCGACUGGUGAUGGUGCUGCGUCUGAGGAGCAGGAGGUCUUGGGACGCGCAGGUGUGAGUUCAGAUAUUGCUGGUUGUGAGGAUAAAUUAUCGCCUCUUCGGUGGGGUUGGUCUCUUAUACCGGCGAGGUAUCGACUAUGGGAACUGUUUUAUGCUCAUCGGGAUUACUUUUGGAGAAUUGGGCUGUGCGUUCCAGGGGGAGAUCCAACUGGAUAG